AUGCAAGUGGAAGUGGACUACAAGUUCAUUGAGCUUGUUGCGUACGCAAACCCACAGACGGGCAAGGUUGCCAAGACUCUUCAAAUUAACAACGUUGGCGAAUACACGUCGUGCGAGAUGAGUUCUGAAAGUGUCGAUGUAUCCACGUAUUUUUUCACAAUUUUCCAGGUUAGCAUGGCUGAGAGGAUGAGGGGAAUGACGAAGGGAUUUUCACUCUGUAUGUUGGAAUAUGCUGGCUUGACCGAGGCGUUUAGGGUUGAAGCAGUGACGACGACUACAUUGUUGCGCAAUAUUUGCCCAUGUAUGACAAGUCGCCACAUUGAGACUGGACGGGCAAGACGACAUUGCUGA